GAGAGAGAGAUAGAGAGAGAGAGAGAGAGAUGCGUAAAACACUUGCUGCUAUAGUAUAAGGGCGGUACAGUUGCCAAUGCCUAUUUGCACGCAUCAGCCAGUGAAGACGGAUAUAAAUAGUAGGCUAACGGUUAAUUAGUUAGGUAAGGAAUUCGAGAGGGGCCUGGCUGUGAGAAUUUGAUACACGGACAGGUAACUCAAGCAUUGCUGAUUCUCGGUGUAUCCAGUCCAUAUAUAAGUCCUCAUCGGCUGACAUCAGUCACCACAAAGCCUUACAUCCUCUGCUUUGGACACCGGCAAGGCGAGACAAUCAAAGCGGAUUAAUAUGUCACUCACUUCUAUCCUUUCCGCGGAGGAUAUUGAGAAUGCCGUUAAGGAGUUUCAAGCCCCAGACUCCUUCAGCUUCAAGAAGUUUUUCCAGCUGUGUGGCCUGACCUCCAAGUCUCCCAAAGAAGUCAAAGAUGUCUUCCAGAUCCUUGACGAUGACAACAGUGGCUACAUCGAGGAGUCAGAGCUCAAGUUCUUCCUGCAACGGUUUGUUCCCGGGGCGCGGACGCUGACGGACGCUGAGUGCAAAGGCUUCCUGUCUGCGGCUGAUGAUGACAACGACGGCAAGAUCGGAGUAGAAGAAUUCCUGAUCAUGGUCCAGUCCUGAGAGAUCCAUGGGCGCAGAGAGAGCAGCAGGUGUUCGUUCUCCUCUCCUUCCUCCAGCUUCCAGCCUCCAGUCUACUUCCUCAAGCCUACAGCAGCAUCCAUUCCUGGAAAUUUGAUUUUCUCUGUCCUGCUUGAAUUGUACCCUUCAAGUUAGAUUUUUGUCAGAGCCCCUCUCGAUUCAAUUACAUUUUGAAUCCAUGAGACCAUUUUUUUGCCUUUUGAUUAAGUUCUAGAAGGUUGUAUAGCUGUGUCGCUCCAUGUUUCCUUCCAAUGCACACCACAUUGUCUAUCAAAGAAAUGAAUAAACACAUUGUAACUUAUUGUGGUGAAUUGCAUUGCUUUUUUUUUCAAACACAACUCCUGAACAUUUCAAACACAACUCCUGAACAUUUACAUCUGUUAAAUGACUGUCUCGUAACCAUACAACAGAUGCCAUGUAAGGAAGUGUUGUAUGUUACACUUAUCCCUCAAGAGAGUGCAUUAUCCUAUUGUCCUGUAAUUGAUUUAACAUAGCUUUUGUGCUAAUCCACACUGGAAAUCAAUUUAAUGCACUAUUACUUUAUGUUACGUAGUGUUGCCUAAAAUGUAAAGAGCUGCUAUGUUAGUUGUAACAUUGUGUAACACAGUUCUGUCCAUCCAAAUCACAAUAUGAAUACACUACAGCUUGUAUGA